AUGAAGGAAAAGGGAGACUGCAAUAAAAAAAACUUAUCUUAUGAAAAAAAUGAAGAAGUCCUUGAAACCUUAAAAAACAAACUAUAUUUAUAUAACACCACCAUUUUAUCAUGUAAGAACAUAGGUAAGAAUGUUUUUGAGACACUGCAAAAACUUUUUUUGGAAGAAAAGGAGAAUAACAACAGAAAAUAUGAAGAUUUAUCUGAGCAUAUAGACAAAAUGAAGACAUAUUUUGAUGAAAAAAUUAACUCUCUUAAGGAUAAUACGCACGAAAAUUUUGAGGAAUUAAAAUAUUACUUAGACCACUUAAAUAAAAGCAGCGAAAAUAGUACAACAGAGAGUAACACUUUCAAGAACGAUUUUGAUCUAGUAAAGAAUGACGUACUGAAAUUAAAAAAGCAACAAGAAGAAAAUAUAAAUCUUAUCAAAUCAAGCACGAGGACAUACUUCGAUAAAAUAAAAAGCGUACAAGUGCAUAAUAAAAGUGUGUACAUGCUAAAUGUAAUGAACACAAACAUUGAAAACAUAAGAGAGGAACUUACAAAUUAUAAAGAAAAUAAUCAAAUUGAAAAUAAAAAAAAGAAUAUUGAAAUUCUACAACUAAUAAAUGAUGAAAAUGAAACAUUAAACAAAAAAAUGGAGGAAUCCUUAAAUUAUUUAAGUACCCACAUAACGGAAGUCAAAGAACAUGCUUAUCACUUUAAGGAAUACAUAGAAAAUCAAAUAAAAGAUAUAAAAUACGAAAAAGAACUAAACAAAAAGGAAAUUGAUGAAAAAAUUAAUACUAUAUGUACAAAUCAGAAGAAACUACGCGACGAUUUUUAUCCUUCUGCAGCAACUUAA